UGGUCAAACUUAGACAAAUUGAGGAGCAUGCAGAAUUUGAAAGUAGACCAACCUCUCCAUCACACAAAAAUGUAACCAAGUCAAUGGUGUUAUAGUUUUCUCCCAACUCCACGUAAGUAUAUAACACACAGAAGAAACUCAUUCACACACACACAAUUUCAUAAAAACAAAACAAAAAACAGUUUUCUGCAAGUAAAGAGAGAUUAUAAUCAUUAGUAACUGAUGCAGGCUGUGAGAAGGAUCCCAUCAGGAGAAGGUGCAGAGAUGCGUGGAAGAUCCGAGACGAACCGGGUCAGACGUAAGAGUCACGGGUCAAGUCUGAGAGUUCGACAGCCUUGCACGUGUUCAGGACGGCCUGGCUCUGCCAAGUGCGUGCGUCACGGGUUUUUGGUGCCAAGCGAUGAGAAGCUUAUGCGGAAGGCGAGUGAUGGAAGCAGAGAGGUGUUGAGGAGAGCUUUAACGCCUCCGAUCCGGCGGAUGAAUCUCCGGUGGUUGAAUUUCCGGCCAACACCUAGCCGACUCUGUAAAAUGUCUUCCGUUUGAGUUGAGUUUUUUUUUGUUUUAUUGUAAUUUGUAAAUAAAAAUGAGAACUUUUUAUUACAGUAAUGUUGGAACUCGAAUAAGAUUCAGACCCAAUUGGCCAA